AGCCAUCAGAGCGGACAGAGCACAGCAAUUGUCAAUGAACAACAGCCCAGAGGGGACAAGAGGACACUUGUGGCAAAUCAAAUAAAGCAAAGGAGCUGGACAGCUUGAAUCUCUGCUUAUCCAAUAAACCAGACACUCCUAGUCCUUUGGAGCUUAUCUGUCAGCGCUGGGCAUAUCAAGCUGCCUUGACCUUUUUAAACCAAGUGUCUCUCCCAUACAUCUAAAGCCACAAAAACUUCUCCCUGUGACUCAAAAGAACUUGUAAAGGGAGAAGACCUUAGAGACGAAAGAAAAUUGGGAACAAACCUAGUGGUACAUCAGAAAUGCACCAUGGACAAGGACAAAUUCUCACGCAAGACCCUGACUGCACCAGCCCCAUUUGCUGAUGAAUCCAGCUGCCAGUGCCAAGCACCUCAUGAAAAACUGACCAUUGCUCAGGCCCGCUUAGGAACACCAGUUGACAGGCCUGUUAGAGUGUAUGCAGACGGAAUAUUCGACCUCUUCCACUCAGGUCACGCAAGGGCACUUAUGCAAGCAAAAACACUAUUUCCCAAUAGCUACUUGUUGGUAGGAGUUUGCAGUGAUGACCUUACUCACAAAUUCAAAGGUUUUACUGUGAUGAAUGAGGCAGAGAGAUAUGAAGCUCUCAGACACUGUCGCUAUGUGGACGAAGUCAUCAGAGAUGCACCAUGGACUCUUACUCCAGAGUUUCUGGAAAAACACAAGAUUGACUUCGUGGCUCAUGACGACAUUCCAUACUCCUCUGCCGGUUCAGAUGAUGUUUAUAAGCAUAUCAAGGAAGCAGGCAUGUUUGUUCCAACACAAAGAACAGAAGGCAUCUCAACAUCAGACAUCAUCACCAGAAUUGUUCGUGACUAUGAUGUAUAUGCCCGGCGUAAUCUCCAGAGGGGGUACACAGCCAAGGAGCUGAAUGUCAGCUUUAUAAACGAGAAAAAAUACCGAUUCCAGAACCAGGUGGACAAAAUGAAAGAAAAGGUCAAGAAUGUGGAGGAAAAAUCAAAGGAAUUUGUUAACAGAGUAGAAGAAAAGAGUCAUGACCUAAUUCAAAAGUGGGAAGAAAAAUCAAGAGAAUUCAUCGGCAACUUCCUGGAACUGUUUGGGCCAGAUGGUGCAUGGAAGCAGAUGUUCCAGGAGAGGAGUAGCCGGAUGCUACAGGCCUUAUCUCCGAAGCAGAGUCCUGUGAGCAGCCCCACCCGGAGCCGGUCCCCUUCCCGCUCUCCAUCUCCUACCUUCUCCUGGCUCCCAAACAAGACCUCUCCCCCGUCCUCACCCAAAGCAGCCUCAGCCUCCAUCAGCAGCAUGAGUGAGGGGGAUGAGGAUGAGAAGUAAAGGUGCCUGGUCAACAAGAGCACACCACACAGGAUGGGAAGGGGUUCCGGGAUGCCUGGGUGGUAUUGAAAGCAGCAGCUCUGCCGGGAGAUGGGAGUUCUGCCAUGGGAGUUACUAGGGCCAGCUCCUUUUCCUUCUCCAUUCAGUCUGGCCUGGACUCAGCAUGGAGGUUUCUGACCUGAAAACCCACACAAACAUUCUUAGCAUCAUAGAAGCACCCCACUUUAGCCCUGCUAUGGAAAGGUGCAGAGCACUACUCCCUGAAGUGGGGUGACUUCUGCUUUGGUCCACACUGUAGCAAAUAAGCCACCCGCAGAAGUGGCUGCUGCCUCACCCUGCUAUCUUCAGCCCUCAAAGGAGCCUUGCACGUUGCCUCCUCUCACCCAUGCUCUCCCAGAAUGAAUUCCCUUCCAACUGAGGUGGCUAAGUGUUUCCAAAAUGGGCAAGUUAAAGACAAAUUCCAGCCUUCUCAGUUUGGCCACUAAAGCCUGAUGAAAUGCACCGACACCUUCCCAUUCCAGGACCCAGACUCAGAUGCAGCUUCGCUUUGGUCAGAUAGAAAAGUAUGACCCUUAACCUCUCAUUCAAAGGACAGUUGUGUCAAGGUGAAGUCCACUUAAGUCCUGACAUGCUUCUGGCUGUACUUUUUCAUCUCUGGCAUGAUGACACUGUUUUCCAGAAAUUACCUGGAUUGAUGGGACUCCCAACAAGGAAACCCGUCUUAUCUAAAAACAAAUAACCAAACCAACCGGGAGCUGCUUUGCUUUGGCUCCAUGUAUGGAAGAUGAAAAAAAUAUCUGUUGGAGCUUCUUAAAGGAACCGCUUUUUCCGUUUCUGACCACAUCACAGUUCAUAGACCUCGAGUAACAGUUUGAUGUAACAAACACUUAGUAUACCGAUAGGGGUGCUACCUGCACGUAUCUGUUCUAUGUAUCCUCCAACAUGCCACCCCAGGGUGUAUACCAUAUGCAAUAUGAAUAUAUGGUGGUGGUGUCAGACUAUAUACCCUUCUCCUGCUCUCCCCCAUGAUACCCUGCUGAAAUGCUUGAUCUCAAGAACCAUCUGGUUCCCUCAUGACUUGGGCACUUUGUCAAAAGCUCAAUCAAAUGUUAGACUCCUGUAGAAAUGUUGUCUCAGAAAAUUCCUAUUGUUCUUCACCCAUGACAUUUUGGGUAAAGGGAAGGCUUAAUCCUUUGAAUGGUCUGAGAGACACUGAAGUUUUUUUCUGGCCCUUGUUUCUCUGAAUGGGAUGGAGACUCUCAGAUGACUGGAGAAUUAUGUGGGGCCACUGUUCCCUAAUUACAUGCAGGGCAUGAGCAGGUCCAGUCAAGGUUUAGAGCUAAUCUCUUAGGUACAAAUAGAAUUUCCUGAUUAUCCAAGUAAAGACAGACAGACAGCACUGCAGCUUGACUGAAUGAAGGCCUUAACAUGUGGUGGCCAAAGUCCAGUACCUCCAGUGACAGAAACACCCUCUGUUUUCAGAAGCUUUGGGAACAAGCAUUCUGGGGAGUAGGGGACAACUGAUGAAGAAAGGUCCCCUGUCUUGCUCCUUUGUGUUGGGGUCAAACUACCUCCCUGCUCACCUGAAGAUCAGUGGUGACUGUUGCAAAACAAAACUGUGAGGCUAAGGCAACCUGGGGCCUCCUUGUUCCUGGUACUUCUUCCAGAAGUAUAUAAAGUGCUUGUGAAAGAUGGGGGGGGGGUCUCUGGGAACCCAGCCUGGGAGAAAGAAUGUUCUUUUCAUAGUCAAGGCCCUCUUGGAGCAUCAGAGGCAAGGGCUUCCAUCCUUCUAGUGUAUCAGUUUGACCUCUGCCUCCCUCCAGGCACCCAGGACAAAUUGUGUAUGUAUACCUUCCAUUUCAGCCAGCUGACACUUGUGGCAGCACAGGGACAAGGAGAGCAACUGAGCAAAUGAAGAAGAGGGUCCUAGAGAGAGGAAAGAAAGCUAAAAACAUCUACUGUCUUAAGCCACUUCAGGUUGUGUGUGGAGACUCUCUGUUGAGGAAGCCUUUUUUUUAAAAAAAAAAAAGUCCUGACUCCAUGAUCCAGGGCAGAUAGGUCCACUUUUACCUAAGUCUUGCUCUGAAGCAGAGUGUAGAGGUGAUGUAUGUAUCAAGUGAGUAUAAUUUUGCAGGCCCUAUACACCAUCCUGACAGGUGCCACAUACAUGACUCAUCAGAGAGCACCACUGUAGCUGUGAAUGAUGGGAAAUGACCAACAUCGGAAUCAUCCCAGGUACAAAUGACACUUAAACCUCCUUCUCAGUUUCUAACUUCCUUACCUUCCCAAAGCCACAAGUUUUCCACAAAAAAAAAAAAAAAAAAAAAAAAAAA